AUGGAAGAUAUGUUGAGAGCUUGCGUGCUAGAUUUUCAAGGUUCGUGGACUGUAAAACUUCCAUUAAUUGAGUUCGCCUACAAUAAUAGCUAUCAUGACUUGAUAAAAAUGGAUUUGUAUGAGGUACUAUAUGGAAGGAAGUGCCAAUCUCCAAUCCACUGGCAGGGGACUGGUGAGAGGAAAUUCUUGGGAUCAGAAGAGGUAGACCAAGCUACAGAAGACAUUAUCUCAAUCCGUCAAAGGUUGCAGACCACUAUAGAUCGACAACACAAAUAUGCUGAUUGUCGUCGGAGACCAUUAGAAUUUGAAGUUGGGGACAAGAUACUAUUAAAGAUAGCUCCACUGAGAGGAGCUAUGAGGUUCGUGAAAAAUGGCAAGUUGAGCCUUAGAUACAUAGGACGGUUCGAGGUUCUAGAAUGCAUUGGAAAGGCAGCUUACCCACUAGUCCCUCCGCCCGCGUUCUCUAGAGUUCAUGAUGUAUUCCAUGUAUCAACCUUAAGGAAGUACGUGAAUGAUGCCACACAUGUGCUAAGUUACGAUGAUCUUGGCAAAGAUCCUCAGCUAAGCUGUGAGGAAAAAUCGGUCGCGAUUCUAGAUCAGAAAGACAAGGUGUUAAGGAAUAAAGCAAAACCUUUGGUAAAGGUGUAA